CUUUUUUGGUUUUUAUAUAAAAAACAGGAAAUAAAUCCAAAAUAAUCGGUCACACCUCGCAAGUACUGAAAGCGCUGUUUGACCCAGAUUCCCAUAGGAAGAUACUCCAAUAGAUGCUUUCAAUUGUAGAAGAUGUCUAUGCGUGUUGUAGUAGACGUUAUUGCAUGCAAUUAGGAGGGAGGUGCUAAACAAUUACUACCGUUACGUCGCGUCACACACAUACAUGUAGUGUAUACUCAAUCAUCUUCUCUGUUAACGAUAGAAAGUCUGUGAUAGUGAGUUCAUUAGCAUAUAUUUUUACAAGCCUCUCCAAUAUAUACAGUAACCUAUCAUACCAUUAUAAAGACCAGUUAAGGAUAUCUUCAAAUACAGAGCUCGCUAUUCUUAAAUAUGUUCCCACGGUUAGUGCUGUCUUUGACAUGCCUGUCGUUGACUUACGCCGCUGAAAUUGUCGUCAAUGAUAAUUCUGUAUUACAAACCGCUGUCGGUUCGGCUCUAGUAGGGGACGCCAUUCUGCUGACGGUUCAGGACUACAAUUUAAAUGCCCAACUGCGAUUAGAUCAGAGUUUGAAUAUAUCCGGCCCGGGAUUCGCGACACCCGCCAAAAUAGUGCUUGGAGAUCAGGCACUGAUACCCUUCGUGUCCACAGUCCCUUUCCGUUUCGCCGUGGACAAUAUUGCUUUCGAAGACCCCACUGGGCAUGUCUGCACCACAACCGAGACAAUGGCUCAACAGCUGAGCAAGUUCAACCUGACCUCUGGUCUUAAAAACGAGGUCUUGUCUGACAAUCGUAUGUCCCUGCACCUCGAUAUGGGGCCCUGGGUUAACCGACGGCAGGUUCAGGACAUAACCGUGGGCGAAUGUUCAUAUAAGGCGAGUGUAGAGGGUGUGACUGUGUUCGAGUCUGUGAUGAUGGCUUUAGAUGGCUCGAACUGCCAUGGCUUUCUGGCUAUUGUGCUCGAUAUGAAUCAAUUUUCGAGUUGCAAUAUCACGACAAACGUUGCGAACGGCAAGGAGCUGCACGUAUUCGAUGUCGAGGUGAAGACUGAGGAUACUUUGAAGCAAAUCAACCAGGACUUGGCCCUGAGAGACGCUCUUCUGCAGAAAAGCAGGGGCGUGGCUGAAUUUGCCGUGUCUGAGGAUGACCUCCUCGGAUUCAAGAACCUGCUGGCGUUCAGAUGGAGCCGAACCACGCCGAUCAGAUCACUCUUGAGGCUGCAAGGUUACUGGCGUAGUGUUGGGCUGUACGACUCUGAUUCCUCAGAGGCACAGGCGUUCGGAACAAGCUAUCCUUCCGUCGGCAUUAAAGCGUCUGCCCAAAGUACCUACACGGAUGGUCUUACGGUGCGAGCCAAUCUGCGUACCAUGAUGAUUGGCCCUAAUUCGCUUGCCAUGGAGUUGGGUUCAUUGUACAAAGUCGAGGCUGAUGGCACCGAGAUCGAAGUGGGAGAGUGGAUUGUGGAGAACCCCUGUCCUGAUCAGAGCAUUGGGUCGCGAUGUGACCAGACUGUCACGACCGUUUUGCGCGGUUGUGAUAUAUCCGGAAACUACGUUCUCAAGGGACUGGUGAUCGACUGCGACAAAAACCUGGACGAGAGCUGUGUCAAGGGCGAUUCCACAGGCGACUUCGAUAUAGUCCUGACAUUGCAAGGCAAGGACAUGUGUGUGCUCAAGACAGAAGCUGACAGGCGCCCGUACACGAUUGGCUCGGUGGAGGGCGAGACUAGCGGAGUUAACAGCUACAGGCUGAAUCAGGUGGUCAGACGCACACUCCCCAUCAAGUCGACGGCCUUCCACGAGAUCACUAGUGCAGUGAUCAGUAAUAUGACUCGGUCUGGUAUCAACACGCGUACGUGCAUCCCCGAUUACUUCGCUAACCCGGGACUGCUCAACCAGGGGUUCAACAAUCUGGACGAGUCGGUCGAGUACAAUUUUGUUGCGUCCAGUCAAUUUGCCUGUGCGACAUUAGGCCUGGACAAGUCUGAGAUGCAGGUGACCUUUAACUUGUUGGUCGAGUACCAGGAUAGGCGUGUGGGUGGAACGGCACGCAGAAGAAGGCGUCAGACAACUGUCAGUGAGGAAUCGAUCAUAUCUGAUUCCAUUACGGUCACAUACGAAGACAACGAAAUCGACCCAACGUAUCUAUCAGCAGCGAAUAAUUAUGACACAACUGGAGCUGUCAACAAAGUCGUCGCGUCAUUGGACGAGUCCGGGAACUUCACCGUAUCGGAGCAGAUCACUAUUUACAAGGGCAACUACGAUCUGUACAUCAUCAUUGGCUGUAUCAUCGGCGGCAUCAUCUGCUGCCUGAUCUGCAUAUGCCUCACUCUCAUCUGCGGAUAUGUGUGGAAGACGAAGAAAGAGGACGAGAAGAACCUCAUCCUCAACAAUGGUCGCGGGCCGACCUUUGACCGUCGCGGAAGCGUCGAUACGUUACAGAACUACAUGGGAGGCAAUCGGUCCAACGCUGAUAUGUUCAGCAGCCGGAUGGGCUCGAUGUACUCCACAUCUGGCAUCGACAAUGCAUUCGCGAAUCGCGGCGGUAGUAUGUACUCCGUCGCUCCAAGCAUGGGCGGUAUCGACGACAACCGGAUGUCGAUGUACUCGCGCAACCAGAUGUAUGACGGCCAGUCCCAGAGCUAUGUCGAUCCGCGUGCGUCUGAAUUCGACUCCAACCAGUCGUACAUGACCGAGGCCGACAGGAGCAGUGGCUACACGAGUGGGAUCCCCGAGGGUGAACGUCAGUACUUCGAUGAUGGAAAUGGUCCGUACUAUGUGGAUGCCAACGGACAAGAGGUAUACGAAGACCCCGGAGCGGAGUAUUACGACCCCAAUGCGGAGGAGGUGUACUAUGAUCAGGGCCAGGAGAUGAUGUACGAUGACCAGGGUCAACCGAUAUAUGACGACCAGGGACAGCCCAUGUAUAACGACGAGUAUCAACAGGAGCCGUACAUUCAAGGAGGCAUCCCACAAGACGAGUACGCGCAGAGCAACACCGGAUUCUCGCAAGGACAGUACGACCAGGAUCAAAUCGCACGGGAAAGCUACGACAUGGACGCGUACGCACAAACGGGUCAGUAUGUGGACCACGACAAUGGCUACGAUAACGGAUACGGCCAAGAGUCGUAUGAAAUGACUUCUCAGCAGCAGUCCCAACCCCAGCACUACCAGGCAGGUCAGGUGUAUGAGCAUGGCAAUGGGCACGACGAAGGCGAUUUCCCAGAGUUCGCGAGUGAACGAGAUGGGGGGAGUCCGCUGAAUGAGAGCAAUGUUGACCACUUCGAAUUGUAAAGCUGAUAUAUCGCGCAUGCGGGUAUAGAGAAAAGUUUGCGAUAAUUGCGAAAAGUUGUGGCAGUUAGCAGCAAGCACGAGUACGUGGGACAAGGAUGAGAACGGUAUCUGUUCGUAGGUCUCGGGCUGUAUAGUAUAGCAAGUGUUGUAAAUAGGUACAAUAGAUAUCUUGAAGACAGACACACAAACACUUGCUGUAUUGUGUGAGCGAUUUCGCGAGCACAGCUGAUAUAUGGUUACGAGCAUAGCUAGUAUAUGACUACUGAACGCGUCUUUGCAGGUCGCAUUUAUUUGUGGUCCUAGUUACAUUAAAUAAAUAUAUUCAACCA